AGACAGAUCUCCAUGAUGAUGGAUAUGGAGGUGUUACAUUCCAGUCAACAGGACAUGGACCUGAUUGACAUCCUGUGGAAGCAGGACAUUGAUCUCGGAGCCAGACGAGAGGUGUUCGACUACAACCACCGUCAGAAAGAACAUGAGCUGCAGAGGCAGCGGGAGCUGGAGGAGGAGAAAAAGCUGCAUCUGCUCCGGGAGCAGGAGAAGGCCCUGCUCGCACAGCUACAGCUCGACGAGGAGACAGGAGAGUACAUACCCCGCCCGCCACCCAGCGCCCCCAUGCAGUCAGCUGUCACACCUUUGGAGGUUACACAGAAUGUUGGCUUCACACAGGAGGAUAGUGAUGCCAUGUCAUUCGAUGAAUGUCUGCAGCUACUGGCAGAGACAUUUCCUGUAGAGGAAACUGAGAACACUUCAGUUUGCCUGGACACAACUGUUGUCUCAGCGCCCAGCAGCAGCAACAUCAUGAUGUCCCCAGAGCAACCAGCUCUCUCCCCAGGUCCACUGCUGUCACCACCACAGAGGAUGUCCCCAGAUUUGGAGCAGGCCUGGAUGGAGCUUUUGUCCCUCCCUGAGCUGCAGCAAUGCCUGACCAUGCAAAUGGAGGACACACUGGAGACUACAACUUAUCCUCUUUCAAACAGCCCUGAAGUACAGAAUCCAAACUUCCCUUUUUACCCAAUGACCAAUCUCACAGACGGGGAGACAAACAAUUUAAAUGUUUGCCCUGCAGAGUUUAUCAAUACAUUCGAUGGCUCUGUUCCCAGUAUGGCCCCACCAGACAGUGUCAGCCAAAUGGAGGCAAAAGCUCCUCAGUUGAAUACUAACUUUGGCACAGAAAGUUUCGGUGACAUAUUUUACCCCAGCACCAUUCUGGAAGAGAGCAGCAGUCAGCAUGGCCUUGAAGGAAAUGAAAGUACCGCCAUUUCCGAUAUCCCAAACAAGCCUCCCUUCACACCCAUGGACCUUUACAGCCUUUCACCUGGAGAUGCAUUUGACAGAGGCAAACACAAUUUAACGGCUGAUAUGCCCGACUCAGAUUCAGGAAUCUCUUCAAACACGAGUCCAAAUGCUAGUUCACCUGCGAAAUCUGCAUACGGGGAUGGGUCCUUUGGUUACAGUGAUUCGGACAUGGAGGAGAUGGACCACAACCCUGGAAGCGCAGAGUCCGACUACUCAGAGAUGUUCUCGCUAAAUUUCCAGCCUGAUGACCUUAACACAGCAAUUACUGUAUCUGCUCCAAUAGGCCAGCCACAACAGCAACAAGAGAAAAAACCCAAACAGUACAAGACAGACCAAGCAGAGGAAAGUGGCCACAACAAUGCUCCCUUCACCAAAGACAAGCAGAGGAGACGCUCCGAUGUGCGUCUCCCCAGAGACGAGCAGAGGGCCAAGGCCCUCAAAAUCCCCUUCACUAUUGACAUGAUUAUCAACCUGCCUGUUGACGACUUCAACGAGAUGAUGUCAAAGCACCAACUGAAUGAGGCCCAGCUGGCCCUGGUCCGAGACAUACGCCGCCGUGGCAAGAACAAAGUGGCUGCCCAGAACUGCCGCAAACGCAAGAUGGAGAACAUAGUGGGCCUGGAGGGCGAGCUGGACUCACUGAGGGAGGAAAAAGAGCGUCUGCUGAGCGAGAAGAGCCAGAACAUCACAAACCUGAAGGAAAUGAAGCAGCAGCUCAACAGCUUGUACCUGGAGGUCUUCAGCAUGUUGAGAGAUGAGAAGGGGAACUCCUACUCGCCAUCCAACUACUCCCUCCAGCAGUCAACUGACGGCAGCAUCUUCCUUGUCCCACGCAUUAAAAAGACUUUCACCAAGAGCGAAGACAACCACCUAUCUCCUUUGUAAUAUGGUACUGCAUUAACAUAGUAAUACUAUGCAAUAACUUUGUAGUUGCUCAGCUUUAAAGCAUCAGUAGCUCAGCAGAACUAUUGUAUAGUUUUUGCUUACUUCUCUUGAAUGUUGUAAUAUUUUUGAUAUUUUACUUCUUUUGUACUCUGAUACCCUCACAGAUUCUUUAACCAAUAUUAUUUGUAAAUAUAAACAUUACUUGCUUUUGAGAUUGAUGAAAAAUGUUACAGUAUGUGUGUGUGUAUAUAUAUAUAUUGUAUAUAUCAUAUUUCUGUAUGCUAAUGAUUGUUUCAAUCAUUGCUCCUUAUAUUUUAUAACUUUCCCUUUAUGAUUUGCUGUCCAGGUUCCGUUUUUUUAAACUUCCGUGCUUUUCAAUAAACUAUUCAUAUAGCUA